AUGAAGCUGGACCUGCUGGCCUGCCUGGCUCUGGCCGCCGCCGGCCUCGUCGCCAUGGUGACCGGCGGCCGCACCUCCAACCGCAGGAAGCACAAGGAGGUCUUCCUCGGCGAGAACAGCAAGUUCAAGUUCGGCGGACGCAUCGACUACAAGCUGAAGAGGCAGGACAGCACCAAAACUCUGCUCAUAAAAACUGAACAACUGCUGAGGAUCGAGGAGCACGACUUCGCCAUGAGGCCGGGCUUCGGAGGUUCGGCCAUCCCUGUCGGCAUCGACGUGCAGGUGGAGAGCAUCGACAGCAUCUCAGAGGUCAACAUGGACUUCACCAUGACUCUGUACCUGCGUCACUACUGGAAGGACGAGCGGCUUUCGUUCCCGUCUCGGACCAACCAGAGCCGGACGUUCGACUCUCGGCUGGUGAAGAAGAUCUGGGUUCCCGACGUCUUCUUCGUGCACUCGAAGCGCUCGUUCAUCCACGACACCACCAUGGAGAACAUCAUGCUGCGGGUUUACCCCGACGGAAACAUCCUCUACAGCGUCAGGGUGACGGUGACGGCGCUCUGCUCCAUGGACUUCAGCAGCUUCCCCCUGGACACCCAGAACUGCUCGCUGGAGCUGGAGAGCUAUGCCUACAACGAGAACGACCUGAUGCUCUACUGGAAGAACGGCAACGACUCCCUGAGGACGGACGAGAUCGUCUUGUCACAGUUCUUCAUCGAGCAUUUCCAAGCCUCCAGCGGCCUGGCUUUCUACAGCAGCACCGGUUGGUACAAUCGUCUGUUCAUCAACUUCAUCCUGCGGCGGCACAUCUUCUUCUUCAUGCUGCAGACCUACUUCCCCACCAUGCUGAUGGUCGUCCUGUCCUGGGUGUCCUUCUGGAUCGACCGCAGGGCCGUUCCCGCUCGGGUGUCUCUGGGCAUCACCACGGUGCUCACCAUGUCCACCAUCAUCACCGGGGUGUCCUCCUCCAUGCCUCAGGUGUCCUACGUGAAGGCGGUGGACAUCUACCUGUGGACCAGCUUCCUGUUCGUCUUCCUGUCCGUGAUCGAGUAUGCGGCCGUGAACUACUGCACCACCCUGGAGGAGAUGAGGAAGAUGAAGAGGGGGAAGAUUCCCCCCACCUUCAACGCCAGCCAGGCCAUGGCCUUCGACGGCUGCUUCCACGACAACGACCUGGAGCUGACUCCGUUCCCUCGCAUGGCGCCCACGCUGACCUCCGACCCCCUCACCCCGCCGCCCCAGAACCCAGACGUCCGGCCCACGGAGGGGACUCGCCUCCGCCGGCAGCGGUCGGUGCGUGAAAACGUGGACCUGCUGGUGAGCAACAGCUACAUGAUCGACUCGUACUCGCGGCUGGCCUUCCCCCUGUCCUACCUGCUGUUCAACACCAUCUACUGGAGCCUGUACUCCUGAUGGGCUGCUGAAGCUCUGCAGGCUGGAGGGCCUUCCUCUGCUCGGGGGCUCCUCGCUGGAUUUACUCCUCAUUUCAGGGGCCUCUGCUCCAUCACGUUCACUGCUGGAGAGAUUAAAAGAGAAAACACUGGAGUCCGUCAGCAGGAACUCUGUCACUGUGCAGUUUGACUCAGACUACCGUCUCAUGGAAGUGGCUUAAAACCUGAGAACACACAAACGGAAUCAGUUUUUUAAUAAUCUGUGUGUGUCUUUUCUUUUUGUGCUUCAUGGUAACCUCAAGCUUCUUUUUCUGAACAAUGUUAUUUAUUUAUUUCUUUAGCGACAAGGAAAUUAAUUCCAGUAAACAUGUGCUUCUUUUUAUGUGUUUUUAAAUCAAACAUCUUUGACAAAUGCUGGGAUCAGAGCAAACCAGCAGCUGAACAUGGGAUUUAACUUAUUUUCUCCAUAAAUUUUAACAGACUGUUUGUGCUGUAGCUGCUGUGAAUUUAAACGAAUCUUUAGAAGUAAAGAAAUAAUUUGGAUCUGCACUGAACUGUCGACCUAUUGAUGACACUGAAAUACAGUUUGAGAUAUUUUAUUCGUAAAACCGUUUAUAUGGAUGUAUGUGGUUCAGAUUUUGCCCGUGAAGAUGUCUAGAAAUAACAAUAGUGAUAACUUUGAAUUAUGACGUUUCAUAAACUUGAUUUUUUUUCAAAUGGA